ACCGCCCCGACGCGAAGCCCACGGCCCCGCGCAACCUCUCCAUGGACUCGGCCGCCUCGUCUGUCGCCUCAAGCGCCUCGGCCGCCCCACGCGCCGCCCUCGCUGGCCAUUCGUCGCGGCCCUCUCAGGACACGUCCACCGCGAACCCGCCCGACAUGGCCGCCCUUAUAGCCACCGCCGGCUCACCAGAGGCGGCGCUGCUGGCCAUGUGGAAGGAGCGCCAGAACCAGGCCAAUCACAAUCAGCAGCUGUGGCGGCUGGUCGAGAAGCAGCGCGCCAUGGUCAUCGGCCUGCAGAAGGACCUCGAGCGCGCGCUGAAGGACAAGGACCGCUACCGCCGCAAGAUGAAGGAGUACGUCGAGCAGGUGCCGCCAGUGCCUGGUGCAUUGGCGCGGUCCGACACGUUCGAGUCGGCGGGGGGACGCGAGCACAGCGAAUCGCCCGCACCCGGCGAGACACCCGAAGAGCCUGUCAGACCAGCCGAGCCAGCGCCCGUCGAGCCCAGGGUCGCACCCCAGGCACAGGCAGCAGCAGCGCAGAUGACAGCGCAGCUGUAUCCCGAGUCUCAGCUGGCCACGUCACCCUCACAUUCCUCAGUCGCGUCGCCCACCGCGUCGAGUCUGAAUUCCGCCGUCAACUCGCCGACCGACUACUCCGUUCAGCCUCUGGUCCUGGGCAACAAAGGGCUUGGCCUGAACGCUGCGUUGCAGCACAACACACUCGACUCACAAGUAAUAGAGAAGCCGCGGCCGGUGACUCCACCGCGACAGGAUAACGCGGCCGUCCUGCAGCCGCAACUUGCAAUAAUACAGGCGACUCCAGAGUUUCGUGGCGGCGGUUUCACCUCCCCUCCACGGAAGCCCGCGCAACCGCUGCGCAAAGCCCCGCCCGCUCCCCUGAACCUCUCGAAACCAGUCAAAACGAGCGCACAUCUUCAUCAAACGAGCAACGAACACGACUCUGACUCCGACUACGAUGAUACUUUGGAAGUGGAGGAGAUUCCAGUCGUGGCUGAGCGGGGAAGAAGAAAGACACGUGAGGACGAUGACCGUGCCCGUGAGGCAAUCGUGCUGCAGGACGACGAGGCCAGGAGCAAGUCUGCGAAGAAGAAGAGUGAGAGCAAGGGCAAGUCAAAAUCGACACCCGUCGAAACGCUGGACGACCCUGUCCCUCAAAUGGCAGCCAUGCCGACCACUCGCCAGUUCAACCUCCUGCAAGCAGGCCUGCCACUCUCGCCUCGCCACCCUCCAGCAGGCUCGCUGAAUGCUAUGCUCAGCCCCACAGCUUCAGAAUCUUCUUCUAUGGUAGCAAACCGAAGCGCCUUUGCGUCACCGUUGCUCAGCCCUGGCUUGCCCACUAGCCCGCGACCUGGAGACAGGCCACCCGGCUCACCACUACCAAGGAACCCCAAACAGUCAAUAGCAUCCCCGCCCAUGUCACCUACAAUAGCUGCACAGCCAGGGUCGCGACCCUUGCAGCCUUCGGGUCCGCUGCCCCCAAAUACACCUCAAUCAUACCAGUCACCACCCGGAGCAUAUGCAGAAAGACCUGCGGUGCCGAAGAGGAGCCCCGAUCUGUUGAUGGUGCCGAACGCGCAGCCAAGCCCUGAUUCCACAUCGAGCAGUCCGACGUUGAACGACGUGCCAGAUGCGGAGCACGUAUACCGGGGGCUUGUUUCAGAACAAUACCCAGGGCUUUUGCUUCCGCCCAACGCACUCCCUUCUAUUGAGGUCAAAGUGUUUUCAUCGCGUCUCCGUCCCUCCCGCCUUAGUAUCUUAGCGCCUAAGCCGCAAGAGGAAGACCCUGUCUUUAUUCUCGCAAUCUAUGCGCGAUCAAACAACACGCAGUUGUGGCGCGUGGAGAAGAACAUCGCCUCUCUUCCGGCUCUGGACACUCAACUCAGGUCUCUAUCCGACUUCCAAGGCCGACUUCCUGACCGCAUCCUGUUCAGCGGCCAUGCUCCAGCCAAGAUCGAUGCGCGGAGAGCUGCGCUCAACCACUACUUUGAUGCGAUGCUCGACAUGAACAUGAGCGAGCAGGCUGCUCUUACAGUCUGUGACUACCUGUCAUCUGACGUUAUUGGUGCGCAGAACGGCGACAGGCUAACGCCUGAGCCCGCCCUAGCUCCCGCAGUCUCUAUCCCAAAUAUCAAAGGAAACAAAGAAGGCUAUCUUACCAAGCGAGGUAAGAACUUUGGGGGAUGGAAAGCCCGGUUUUUCAUCUUGGAAGGAUCCGAGUUCAGGUACUACGAAGUGGAGGGUGGUGCGCAUUUGGGCACAAUCAAGUUGCUCAACGCUCAGAUCGGCAAACAGUCCCAGCAACAGUCCAAUCAAUCACCGCAACGCCAAGACAACAAUGAAGACAAUCAAUAUCGACACGCCUUCUUGAUUCUGGAACCAAAGCGGAAAGACUCAGCAAGCCUUGUGCGACACGUUCUUUGUGCUGAAAACGAUGAAGAAAGGGACGCUUGGGUCGACGCACUAUUGCAGCAUGUGGAUUAUCACGACGAGACUUCCCCAGUCGAGACGAAAUCUGCCGCGCCAGCACGCCUGCAAAAGCCUCCACACGGUAAACGCUCCGACCGUUCACUGAGUCGAGAUAGCCCGGACGUCGAACAACAGAACGACAAACUGCAAGGCCUUAGCUACGACGACACUGUGGCGGCGGAGGCUCCGGUCCGUGGUCCCAACCACCGUGAAGCAAUGGGAUCCAAGCCUUCCAGAGGAUCCCCCAAGAGCUCGUCCUUCUCUCAACCCAAUAUGGGUCAUUACCCUGCGAUCUCAGCACCGAGCAAUGCUACUCCCAUACAAAAUGCGGAGAACUGGGGCAAUAAGCCUGUUGCUGUAGCCUCUACACCUGUCAAGGAUAAGAAGCGCAGCAUCUUUGGCUUCAGAGGUCGCGGCGGUUCCUCAGAUCUUGCGCCCAUCCAGGUGGUCAGUACCCCGUUGACAGCUUUGUCGGAAUCGCGAGGCCUGCUCCCGAAUCGCAGCAUCUUUGGAAUGACCCUGCAGGAAGCGGUCGAAUACUCGCAGCCUCUUGAUCUUGGCGCUCGAUUGCCGUCGGUUGUCUUCCGCUGUCUGGAGUACCUCAAAGACAAGGGGGCCAUUAGAGAAGAGGGAAUCUUCAGGCUCAGUGGCUCUAACAUUGUCAUCAAGGGUCUGCGCGAAAGGUUCAACAGCGAAGGCGAUAUUCCGCUCGUGGAUGAGCCUUACACCGAUGUGCAUGCGGUUGCUUCUCUCCUGAAACUGUACCUGCGAGAGUUACCAGCCUCCAUCUUGACUCGCGAACUCCACCUCGACUUCCUCAAAGUUCUCGAUAUGGACGAGCGCAGUAAGAAGAUCCAAAGCUUCAACGUCCUCGUGCACAAGCUGCCCAUCGCCAACUUCGAGCUGCUACGCCACCUGUCAUCUUUUCUGAUUGAGGUUGUCGACAAUUCCCAGAUGAACAAAAUGACUGUACGCAAUGUUGGGAUUGUGUUUGCUCCUACCCUCAACAUACCAGCCCCGCUUAUAGCUUUCUUUUUGACCGACUUUGUUGACAUCUUCGGUUCGCCCAUCGACGAAGCCAGCUCUCCGAUUCACGAGAUUCGUGUCAACAACACACACCUCGGAGACGAUGCUGUCCGUUCUCCGCGGCGGCAGAUGUUUUCUGACCUGCCCACGCCGGCCUACAACGAAACCUCGUUUCCACAACGCUUCGAUAGGCGACCACCGCAGUUCCAGGACAGUACUCACCCUUCGUACCCUCCACCGCAGCCUCCAUCGCAGCAGUAUGAGCGGGGUCACGAGCGAGCUCGCAAUGGCAGCCACGACGCCGGCUUCACCCCCUUGCGACCAAGCUAUGACGCCCCACAAUACGAGCAGGCCUACCAAAACGGCGAGGGGUAUGGAAGCCUCAACAGUGCUGUGCAGGGAAACUCGAGGGAGCAGCGACAGCGCCGACGUGAGAGUGGCAUGCUCCUCAUGAACAUGAACAUGGGCGGUCAACGAAAAGGAUCGAACGGAUCGAGUGGUUCCAGCCACCAACGACUUCGUGAAGACAUCCGCGCAAACCCGAUGAUGGUUCGAGAAGAGUCCGCCUUCGACUGAUCGACAUAUCUACACUACUACAUUCUGUCUAAUUUCUGAAACCUAAUCUCGAAGACCCAGGGCUGGAUCUAUGGGCUCUGGCUUUUGUCCUCUUUAUCGCACUUGUUCGUUGCAUCUCAGCAAGCGAAGACAGAUUCCAUUGUUUGGCGUUUCUGGAAUACACAGCGUUAGCGUGCUUCUAUACAUUUCGCAUACCCGCUUGCUUGCUGCAGGCACUUUCUUUCCACGAUUAUGGAGGUUUACUUUCGGCUUUGACAUUGGCAAGGAGCUGGUCCUUGUCAGGUCCUUGUUUCAACGGCGUAUAUUGGCAGACUACACGAAGGAUUGAUUAUAUCUAUGGAUGAACGUCGUGCUUUUGUUGAAAACUAGAUACUUCAUAUAAAUACUUAUUUCUCACGUUGAGUUCAUGUUGAAGCCGGGACUUGACACGAUCUAAUAUAACGGAUAUCACUG